AGUGUUUGAGAUACAUAACUUAAAGGGAGGUUUCCAGAAAUAAUAUUUUUAAAAUAGCUUUAAGGACGAGCAUCAAAACUAGACAUGGAGACAAUCAGUUAUGCCGGAAGAGUCCCGAGUUAGGAAUGCACAAGAGGAAUGAUUCACUGCGGAGCAAUAGAUCAGCGGGACUACCCCAAGUUUCCCACCGAACCCGGGUUUUUGUACGACCAAGGUCGGGCUUCGGACCAUUAUUAUGCGGUCCUAAGACAAGAAAGGGAUGCCUGCCUCGAUAGCAAUAGCAGCCUCAAUCUGAAGAAGAAAAUCGAAACCCGGAAGGAAACGAGUGGACGGCUUGAGCAAGAAGAAGAUUUGAAUAUUAACAACUGCAUGUAAAACAUUAAAUUUCAA